AUGCCAGCAGAUUGCUGCGUCCUACGCCAGAGCCUCACCUUCCAGCAGCAGCUUCAAGUUGCCGCUUUCUAUUGCAAGAACAAGGAAACUCUCCCAAUGGGCAAGAUUCAUAGAUUUGGGAUCAAGCAGUACACCUUCCAUGGUGAGGCUGCAUUGGCACCAAUUGCAGAGCUCAAGAAUCACAAAUGCACAAUCCAAGAGAGUCCCAAGUCUGGCCUUGCUUCUCAAGCCUUACCUGGGGUCAAGGCAGACAAGACAUGGCUAACAUAUGUACUUGGGACUAGUGCUACAGGGGAGAAACUUCCGCCCUUUACUAUUGGGUUUGCCUCCCGUCCUUGCUGCUUUACAAAUGGUCCUCCAUCCAAUUAUGGCUUUGAUUAUGCCUCCAAUAAGAAGGCAUGGAUGACGGCUGAGCUUUGGCAAGCAUAUCUUGAACAUCUUAAUGCGCAAAUGGAAUCCCAAGGUUGCUGGAUCCUUUUGCUUUGUGAUAACGCCAGCUCUCACAAACAUGAUCCAGCGCGCACUCCCAACAUUGAAGUUUACUACCUGCCUCCAAACCUUAUGUCUUGGAUCCAGCCUAUGGACGCGGGUAUUAUCCGCAACUUCAAGUCUAACUAUUGCCGGCUCCACACCAAGUUUGUCCUUGAUUGUGAGGCAGCUGGUACGUUGAAUCCUUACAAGGUUCAUCAGCUGGACGCAAUGUGGUCACAGCAAGCAUGGGACAAAGUCUCUGCAUCAAGCAUCCAGAAUUGCUGGCAACACACUGGUAUUCUUCCCAAGCUCUGGGAAGUCAAGUGCCAGUUGUCUAAUGUUUCUCUUUAA